GCCGACCAAGUCUUGUCUCCGGCUCGUCAUCUACAAGACGAGGCUAUCCAGCUCGGACAUGGGCGGGUGCAACACAACUCGCCGAGCUCACUUAGCCGGAAUUCACUCACGGUCACCAUCCCUUAUUUCCAACCAUACUGUUUGGUUUGAGUCGCUACCAUGAUUUCAACUCUGCACAGAACGCCCAUUGCUAUGCUCUUUCGGUUAUUUUUGCAUUUUCCAGAAAACCAAGAUGCUCUCGGCCCUCACUACAAAUGAUCUGCUGAUCAGCCUCACUUUAUCUCGCAUGCUGAGGCACCUCUGGGUUACCUCUCAGUUCCUGAACCGACCCUGUGAGUCUGCCUGUAUUGACGGGUUGCUUGAAGCCGGUGGUGUAACUCCAGAAAGAUAGACUGCAGCAUGGAGGUAUGGGUGUGUUUCGUUGCAAUGCUACCUACCUACAUGCUGUUCUGUCAAGUGGCUCAAAUAUACACAUCAGCAAUGCCCCGAAUCUUGUGACUCUCUCUCUCUCUCUUCAUGUCCAGUCUUUUCACCUUUUGCUCUUGGGCUUCAAAAUGAAGCCGUCUGUCCUUGCUUUGACCUUCCUAGGGCGUGUCGGUGCGUUGCUGCCCUUGCCUCCAGCCCCCCAGCCCAACAUCGCAACACUCAGCCUAGACACCUUGAUGGGCAGUGAAAGCAGGUUCAGCCAAUUGAUUGACCACUCUAACCCAUCUUUGGGGACGUUCAGUCAGAGAUACUGGUGGGAUACCGCCUACUGGGAUGGCCCGGGCUCUCCUGUGGUGGUAUUUUCUCCAGGAGAGGCCAGCGCCGAAUAUUACAGCGGUUUCUUGACAAACCAGACCAUAGUUGGUCUCUAUGCCCAGGCCAUUGGAGCUGCAAUCCUCCUGAUUGAACACCGCUACUGGGGCGAUUCCUCUCCCUUCUCCCACCUCUCCACGGUCAACCUGACGUACCUGACCCUCAACAAUUCUGUCGCUGAUUUUGCUCAUUUCGCCCGCCAAGUUCAGCUUCCGUUUGAUGAAUCCGGUCGGUCCAACGCCCCCAAGGCUCCAUGGAUUUUUGUAGGAGGCUCCUACUCUGGCAAUCUCGCCGCCUGGCUCGACCACCUGUCUCCCGGGACCUUUUGGGCCUACCAUGCGAGCUCGGCACCCGUUCAAGCCAUCCGACACUUCUGGGAAUACUUCACACCUAUCUGGGAGGGCAUGCCGCGGAACUGUAGCAAAGAUUUUGAGAAAAUCACGGCUCAUAUCGACCAAGUUCUGGAACAUGGCAGUGAGGAAGAGGUGAAAAGUCUGAAAGAAGGCUUUGGACUGGGGGACAUCAAGGAGAAAGGAGAUUUUGCGUCAGCGGUUGGGUUUGCGUUGGCAGAGUGGCAGUACAUUUCCAUCACCUCUAGCUACCACCGCUUCUACCAAAUGUGCGACACCAUUCAGGGGGUUCGUCCCGUAGAUCUUGACAGAUGGGGCACUGAGCUGUGGUUCCCAAGCGGAGCUCCUACCUCCUCGCCGGCAAGCAACGGUGUUGGGCUGCAAAAAGCUCUGAUCAACUACUCUGCCUGGUUCAAGCACGAAUUCCUACCCGAUGCCUGCAGCAACUAUGGCUAUGAAGAUUGGGCCCAGGUCAACUCGACUGGCUGCUACGACACCUACAACGUGACCAGUCCGUUCUACACCGACUACUCGGUCAGCAACACCUUCAACAGGCAGUGGUUCUGGAUGCUUUGCAAUGAGCCCUUCUUUUACUGGCAGACAGGCGCACCAGCAGGGCAACCAUCCAUCAUGUCUCGCCACGUUAGUCCCGAGUACUUUGAGCGUCAGUGCCGCCUGAUGUUUCCAGACCAGGGGGACGCCAGGUCGGGUCUCUCACUGGGCAAGACAGAGGCCGACGUCAACCAACUGACCAGCGGCUGGUUCGUGAAAACAACUCGGUUAAUAUGGACGAACGGAGAAUUCGACCCCUGGCGCUCUGGAUCUGUCUCGAGCAUAUCCCGACCUGGACGACCUCUGGAAAGUACGCCUGACGCGCCAGUGCAUCUCAUCCCCGGAGGCAGGCACUGCAACGAUCUAGACACCAGAAGUGGAGAGCUUAAUCAAGGGGUGCAGCGGGUGCAGCUAGAGUCAAUCGCCAGGAUGGUUGACUGGGUGAACGAGUUCUAUGACGGGAAGGAGGGAAGAACCAGGGGCAACGGAGCCACACACAUCCUCGGACGUCCUGUGUGAAAGACCGAGAGCUCCGUGAUUCCCGGCUCGAUCAACCAUGAUGUUUGCGAACUGUUAGCAAGUGACUUUGAGUUGCCCUUCCAGACAGCCGAACCAGCGAUGUCUAGAAAAUAGCCAUCCAUCCGGUCACACUCCGUCCUUGUGCAUCGUGAGAGUGCCUCAUCUAUAUUGAUGAAGAGGGGUGACAGCCCAAAAAUAAAGGGCGCCAUGUCCCUGCUCUCCAAGGAACCCAAACGGAACCGAUGAAGAGAUAUUAAAUAGACAUCAUGUCCCAAUAAUGCUCGACUUUGGAAAGGAUUGUGAUCAGUAUUAUUCUGGGCCAGAGACGGAUGAAGGCAGCACAGAGACCUGGCGCCAACAGCUAACGUCUGACCCCAUCCAAAACUCCAUCACAAUUCAUUGACGGUAGGAUUGCGAACGAAACAUUCGUCGAGGAUGAUGCACAGUUGUGGUUCAGCCUGAGCCGCGGUGCCACGAGUCCGAGCUGUAGAAGAUGUUGGUUACCUCCCCGUAGGUACUCCACGGGCCCCGAACGGACGGGAUUUAAGGGGCCAAUUCCGGUGCUGCGAGUUUUGGGCUGCCGUACUAAGGACGGUCUUUUUGAGCUGCUGGAAUCUUGUUGAGAAAGAGACAACCAAUUUCGAGCUUGCCUUGCCCAAAGCCUGUGAUCGCCGCGUUGGGAGCCAUUUUUGGUGGUCCGGCAAGCGAAUCGAUGAUAACCACUGACGUAUGGAGUAGAGGAAAAAUUCCAAAUAAUUAUGGUCGCUUCAGGGUUAUUGUAGAUAUGAUGCAGGGCAAGAUAGCGAUUGUGGGGAGCCGCGGCCGAUGCUGCAGCCAAGAUGCUCAAGCUCGCCGGGUUGCAGCCCAAAUGAGCGCUCGGUGAGAAAUCGUUGUAUCUGUGUGUGUGUUCGUG